AUGGUUACAUGCUCUGAAAAGUGCCUUGCCAGAAGAGCAGAGGCUCUCUGGGGCCUCUUGUUCUUUAAUUACGAACUUGAAGAGGUAGACAGUGUUCCAAGUUUGCUUGGAGAUGAGGAGGAGACAGUUGAGAGGUUUGACAAAGAUGACGUGGAGUAUGCUGAUGCUGAACAACAGCUAGAACAGUUCAGCAAGGCCCAUAACUCUGGUUUGAACAAUUGUUGUGUUACUGUUACAACCCUUGAGAAAGAAGCAGCAGCCCUAUUUCUGAUGGGUUCCAAAUUGGAGCAGGAAGGAGCCCUGUAUGAAGCUGUUAACUACUACAGGCGUGCCAUGCAGCUGGUGCCAGAUAUUGAGUCAAGAGUCAGUUUUCAGUCCAGGGGUCCAAGAGAAAGACAGGAAAGUGAGAGCUCGGUAGAUAGUUACGAUGGUGAGGAUGAAGCAGAGAAACUUGCAACACGGUUUCAACAGGUUCAGAUCAACGAGAACAGGCUCUGUCAUCCGGAGUACCCACAGAGGACAUGUCAUAUUUCUGCUUUGCCAGUUGAGUUGCUCAUCUACAUCUUCAAGUGGGUGAUCUCCAGUCAGCUUGAUAUGAAAUCCCUCGAACACAUUGCACUGGUGUGCCGGGGGUUCUACCUAUGUGCCCGUGAUGAGGAGCUGUGGAAACUGGCCUGUGUCAAGACAUGGGGAGGUAACCUUGGAAAAGUGAAGCGCUUUGGCUCAUACAGGAAUAUGUACCUUGAGAGACCCCAUCUGCAGUUUGUUGGAUGCUACAUCAGUAAAAUGUCAUACCUACGACAAGGGGAGAAAAGUUUGGACGGCUUCUACAGCCCCUGGCAUCAGAUCGAGUACUACAGAUAUAUUCGCUUCUUCUCUGAGGGCCGCAUGUUUAUGGUUUCCACUGCGGAAGAUCCCUACGUGACCCUACCUCAGAUGAAGUAUAAAACGUCCCGUUUACCUGGCAUGAUGAAGGGUGUUUACAAGCUCUUAGGAAACAGGGUGACAGGAGUGUUAAAGCGUGUGCAAGCUCCCGACUCGACAAUCGGCUACAAGUACAAGCGAAACAAAAACCAGAAAAGCAACGAAAUACAGUACACCUACUAUGUGGAGCUUGAAAUCCAAAGCAGUGGGAAGAAGAAUGGCAAUAAACUGGUCUGGCUUAACUACUCGGUCCGCAUUGUGAACAAGAACAGGAACGAAGACACCGAAUCCAAGUUUGGGCUUACAAAUCAGACUUAUCCGCCAUUAGUGUUUUCCCGAGUGAAGAGCUUCGCACAGGCAGCUUUUGGGCCCUUGAUUUGAGAGGGGGGGGUGGGAGUAAGA